AUGAGCAAAGAAAUCGACGACUUGAUUCUCGAGCUUGUUGACAAUGGCGGUGGUGCACGAUCGGAUGACGACGACGAUGGUAUUGACGAAUAUGGUCCCGACUUGUACAAAGAUGAGGAAGAUCGACGACGAUUGCUGGCUCUUCCUGAAGUGGAGCGUGAACGCAUUUUGAGUGAACGUUCCGAAGAACGACAACGCAACCUUGAACGCCUUGAAGUGCGCAAGUUGUUGAAUGACGGCCGACGAGAAGAUACCACACGACGAUCCACACGAGCAAAAGGAAGCGGCACAUCACGAGCACUGAAUGAACUUACUCGACGUCGAGAGGAAAAGCACAAGAGUCGAUCCAAGCGUGGCCGACGAUCACCCACGCCUGAACGCAAACGUACACGAUACAGUGAUGAGAGUGCAGGAGAAGCAAGUGAAAUCGAGGAAGAUGAUGAAUACUAUGCUGAGACAAAGGCAAAGAAGCGAACGCCGACAUUGGAAGAAAUGCAGUCUAUUGUUUUGCGACGCUAUCAAUUGGAGAAAUGGUUAUAUGCGCCCUAUUUCGAUCGAACAGUGACAGAUGCUUAUGUCCGUAUUUACAUUGGAGAUGAUAGCAAGACACGAUCUUCGGUAUAUCGACUUUGCAAAGUCAUUGAUAUCGUGGAUUGGCACAAGACAUACAAGAUUUCAGAAAGCACGACAUGCAAAAAGGCUCUUUUAUUGAAACAUGGAAGUGCUGAGCGAGCAUUUACUAUGGAUAUUGUUUCCAAUCACAGCCUUUCUCAGCAAGAAUACACUCGAUUCAUCAAUACGCUUGAAGCUGAACACGUGACUCUUCCUGAUAUUGAAGAAGUUGAACACAAGGCAAAAGACAUUGAAAAGGCGGCCACGUAUGUUUUGAGUGACAAGGAAGUCUCUGAAAUGAUCAAGCGGAAGCAGGAGGUGGCGGGUCGUACGAUCAAUGCAUCCAUGGAACAAGCUGUGUUGCUAUCCAAAUUGGAACAUGCUCGAUCUAUGCAAGAUGACCAGAUGCAGCAAGAAAUUCAGCGUGAGCUUGACUUGUUGAAAGAAGUAUUGGAUUCUGACAAGCCCCGACAAACACGAAAUGAACUACCACGCGUGGCAACGGAGCAAUCGACCCAGCAAGUCAAAGUGGAACGUGAACGUGAACGAGAAGCACAACGCCAUCGUAAUGAUAUGCAACAAAGGGUAAAACGAUUGAAGGAUAUGAAGGAUGGUAUUGCUCCCAUGGUCCAUUAUUUGCCAUUGUAUCGAAAGGUUGCAGAUGAAUUGGGUGUUACAUUUUAA